AAGAAAUGUCAACCUCACUGCUCCUACUAAGGAACCAUCAUCACUGUUCACCACCCAGAUUGAUUAAAAGGAUCACUGCAACAACAAGAUAUAUAUCAACCGAACUCCAGCAACCACCAAAGCUCCUCAAAGCUGCUAGGAACCUGCUCACCAAUCUCGACCAAAAUCCUGUCACUUCUUCUUCUUCUAAUCAUACAGCUCCGAAGUAUGAGAUUAUCAAGAAACAGAAAGCGAUCCAACCGCUCAAACUGGCUGUAGAAAAAUAUGACGAACUUUCUUCCAAAAAGAUCCGGAUGAAGACAUGAGAGAGAUAGCGAUUACGGAGUUGAAGACGAUCGAGGAAAGGGCACUAAGGACAAUAGAGCAAGUGAAGCAAGGUCUGAUACAAGUAGCAUCACCGCGGCCGGAGUCGUACGAUCAGUCGGCAUUAGUGGAGAUCAAGCCGGGAGUGGGCGGCGUGGAGGCGUCACACUUUGCGACCUUAUUGAUGAACCUAUACACCCGUCUGGCCACCCGGAAACGCUGGCACAUCAAGCCCGUCAGCGUCGAAUAUAUGACCAGCGGGCAGGGCCAAGAUGGCCUUAGAGAGGCCGUCCUCGAGAUCGAGGGCCAAGCCGUCUACGGCUCCCUCCGCUGGGAGGCCGGCGUCCAUCGCGUACAGCGUGUCCCCGUCAUGCAAAAUACCGCCUCUAUUCAUACGAGUACGGCAUCCGUCAUCGUCUUGCCUCUCAAUCCUUCGGGAUCAGAGGAAAACGAAUCAGAGGAUCUGUUUGACGAGAAAGACAUUAAGUUGGAGACGAUGAGAUCGCAAGGCGCGGGAGGACAACACGUUAACAAGACUGAAUCGGCAGUGAGAUUAACACAUAUCCCUACUGGAACUGUAGUCUCCAUGCAAGACUCACGUUCACAACACCAAAAUCGCGAACGGGCUUACAUGAUCUUACGCGCUCGACUGCUCGACCUUAAACUCCGACAAAAAGUCAUCGAGAAUCGCGAGUCUCGUCUUUCUCAAGUCAAGAACACCAACCGAUCUGAAAAGAUAAGGACAUAUAACUUCCAACAGGGUCGAGUGACGGACCAUAGGAUCGGCCUCACCUUGCCUCGUCUGAACGAUAUCAUCGAUGGGGGAGAGACGUUGGAUAUCAUUUGGGACGGAUUAGAGAAAGAUGAAGAGGCCAAUACCAUCCAAUCUAUUUACUCUACUACUCAUACCAGCAAUUCCAAAUAAUGCCUCUUCUUUCGUGUUGGCUAAGAAACCCCACA